GAAUCGAUGCACGCUUUGAGGAGAUUGGAGAAUGCCUUCCUUUGCUGCUUCUUCAAGCAGCACAUCACAGACCAGGAACCCUAAAUCUGCGAGAGGAGAAACCCUAUGGAGCGCGGGCGAUCGUCCAGGGCGGGAGUGGGAUUUGCCGGCGCUGGCAAACCAGAUCGCGGCGGCAAGAAGUCCAGCAGGAGGAGCAAGAGCCCCCCGGAGAAUGCCAAGCGUUCCAGAUCUGGGAAAGCCUCGAGAAGCGAAGAGCUCAUUCCAGACUACGAUCGAAUGACUCCAGCUGAAAGAGUGAAGGCAAGGAUGAACUUCCAGCUCUCCCAAACAGCGGCCAAAGACAAAGACACCAAGAACUGGGAGCGCUUUGAUUUUGAUAAGAGUGCUCCUUUGGACGAGGAGGAAGAAGACUCCAAUCCCAGAAGUAGCAGUGCUGGUCCGGACGAUACUUCUUCGCUAAGGAACACUGCUGGAUCGUAUCUUUCAUACUCUAGCCAGCUCACAAGGGAGAAGCGGACCGAGGCUGCUCACGACGCUGCUAUGUUUGGCUCCGGAUCAGUUCCAAAAGAGGAGGAACAACAAGCUCCAAGUUCUCACGUCGAGAAGAAUCACGAAAAGAAGGCGAGUGAUCUUCUGAGUGAAGAGGUCAUUGCAAUGCAAAAAGAUUCGUGGCAAGAGAGAUUGCGAAAGAUGAAAGCAGCAAAAGCCGCGGCUGCGGGAUCUGUGACGUGAGAGCGCUACGCUCUCACGUCCAAAGUCGACUCCUCGCAGAAGUUUUAUUGAGAGACCCGAGAGAAAGAUUUCGCUCAAAUCCGAGGCAAGAACUUUCUUUUCGAGCAUUGAGUUUUUCUCCUAAGGGAGGCCAUUGUCACUGAAUGGCAUUGAG